GCAGCCGGUCCUGACCCGGACACUUUACAGAGGAGCACCAACAUGGCGGCACUGAGGAGGUGGAAGUCUUACCUCUCUGUUCUCAGGAGCAGCUGUCGUGUCGUCUUGACCGAGGUGAAACCUGCAGCCCAGACAGUUCGGACCAGAAGCGCUUUGUUCACCGGUGUAGCGUCUUUAGCGGUGGGCACCACGCUGUGUGCCGUACCUUUCAAACAGGUGGAGAACCUCUCUCACGACUCCCUGAUCAGAAGAGCAGCGUCUUUAGUCACCGACAGCUCCAUCACCUUCCUCUCCCAGACCACACUCGCACUUAUAGAAGCCUUCAUGCUGUAUUCAAAGGCGGUGCACACCCUCAUCGCUCUGCAGCAGAGGUACUUGGACUCUGUGGGGAAGCUGAGCCCGGCCGACGAGGACGCGAUCUGGCAGGUCAUCAUCACCCAGAGAGCAGAGAUAAAUGAGCGGCGGGAGCACUGCGCCCGUCUGGACACGACCUGGGCGAGCGCCGUGAAGCUGUGCGAAGCGGCCGCUGAAGCCGCCUUCUCCUCAGGAGCGGAGCAUGCGUGCGUCACCAUGAGGACCCACCUGGACCUGGCCCACAGUCAGGUGGAGGAGGCUCAGAAACUCUCCAGAGAGGCCGACAGACUCUUAACUCAGACCAAAGUGCUGGAGGUGGAGCGAAUGGCGUCCGCGCUCGGCACAGAGGAGGAGGAGGUGCCCGAAGCUUACCUCAGAGAAGACUAGACCACACGGCACAAAUGUGAACGGGGCCGCCACGUCACAACGCUCCGCCGCUCUAAACAAACGUCAAGAGAUCACGUUAUAAAUUUAUUUCUAGAACCGAUAAAUGUUGAUGUCAUUUCCAGGCUGCACGAACUGACUGAGGGGGUGAAAACAAGUGUCAUAAUUCAACCUGACUAGAGUGUUUAGAAUUUCAAAAUAAAAACUGGAACAUUUACGGGGUUUUUUUUGGUGGGUGGUAAUAAUAAAAUACUGAAACGAAAACAUAAUUAAGUAAAAUUGUUCUGCAGAGACCAUUCAUGACGAAGAUGUGAGCCAGUAUAGCCACGUUUUCUUCGUGUUUUGGUCGUUUUUAAGCAGAUUUUUUAGAUUUUACCUAAACAAGUGACAAUGUAUGCCUCUCGUUACUGUCAGCAGGUUUCAAAUUGGUAAAAAAAUAAGGACAUUUCUUUAUAAAACUGCGACAAAUUAGUGUUUUUGGAUAAAUCUGCUGGGACAGGGGACACACGGCUCAAAAAUGCAGCUGUCCCAGGUAAAAAUCGCCCUAAACUUGCCUAAAAUAAGGACACAAACUACUUUAAAUGACGUUGUAGUGCACCGUUUUGCAUCCCAGACCUUUCGAAAGCGUAUGUUUAACCACAAACUGUAUCACAAAUGUAAAUGACGUAGUAAUAAUAACAUAGAGGUACCUCACUAACGCCUUAGAGUAGAUUCUUACCUCAAUUUCUCUCAAUUAAAGCCAUAGAUCCGUCCAUUAAACAACUGCAAUCUCUUUAAAGGUGGACUGUAACUUUUCGGUUGAGGGUCCGUCACGUGUUUGUUCCACAGUGUGACAUUAAACAGCUCUAAUUUACAUUUAUUCAAUUACAGAUGCUUUUAGAGCUUAAAAUUACCUUGAAAAACAGACAUUCUGACUGUGAGCGGGUCGCCUCUCCACAGAUCUGACCUGUAACUCGGUCUGGUUUGGUCUCGUUGAAGAUGGAAAGGUUUAAUGUCAUACUGUGCUGUGAAACAUUCCAGACAAAGCAAUAACACAGGGUUCCCGCGGUCAUGGAAAUGCUGGAAAAGUCAUGGAAAUUGAAAAUGUCAUUUUCUAGGCCUGGAAAAGUCAUGGAGUUUUGUAAAUUCAAUGAAAGUUUUGGAAAAGUCGUGGAAUUUUAGUUUCUCUUUCAGGCAACUACAGUGUUCUGAUAAGUUCUCACUAGGCUAUUCUGAUUAUUUCCAAACGUACGCUUCUUUUAUUUAAUACAACUUAAAAAAAAAACUAAAAAAUAAAAAAAAAAACUACACAAAACUACAAAAAAAAACUACAAAAAAAAAAAAAAAACUAAUAAGAUGAGUGGAAAGGGUUAACAUUUCAUAUUUAUUUCUCAAAGUAUGAUUAAUUCUAGACGUGUAGGUGUUGUAAAGUCUUGGAAAAUUCACUUUAGGUCGUGAAAAAGUCAUGGAAAAGUUUUGAAAUUUUGUCAGUGAAAAACGGUGGGAAUCCUGAAAACAUCUCAACACAGAAAAACAUUUGACGGACCCUCCACCGGAAAAGUUACACAAUCCACCUUUAACAUGAGAAAAAAAAAAAAGAAGAAACUCUUUUUUUCAACUUAACAAAAACAUGUUCCUUGUUUUCAAUUCACCGAUGAACCUGGAAGUGACAUCACACUUAAGACAGAGCUGGAAGACAGGUCAGAGUUCUGUGGUGACAUUUGGGAUUUGUUGACCUGGUUUAUGAUUAAUAUCUCUGUAAUUAUCAAAAGACGUGAUAGUUGACCGUCGAAAGGACUUUAAACCGUAAGAUUAACAAACGUAAAAAGUCUGUGGAGCCGAUAACAAACAGAUAAUGAGAAGGUUCAACGUCUGUGGAUCAUAAGUUUGGAGAUUUCUUUCAAAACUGUGGAUUGUACAAAGAGUUUAAAGGUCCUAUAUUACGCUAAAUUGACUUUUGGGAGUUUUAAGUCAUGUUAUAAUGUUUUUACCUCCUCAAAAACAGACCUGGAGCUGUGUUUUGUUUCAUUCACUCACAUAUUUUUAUUAUUAUUAGUCUGUCUACAUUUUCAAAACUUAACCAAUACCAAACUUAACCAAACUUUUUCCUUUUGUUCAGUAAAGAUUUGCAAUUCCAGAGCUGAAAUGAUCCAAAUGUCAUUUCCCUCCGUUUGUUCCCAUCUUUUACUCUCAAACGGUGAAUUCGCCCCUUAAAACAAAUCUUUUAAAAAAGUCCGGCUAGAGUGGAAGUUCUGGAAAACUACAGAUUCAGUAAUACAGCAGGAUACAGCAGUUUUGCCACUUCUUUAACAUAUUUGUGGAGAGGCAAAUGCAAGUUUUUCAAGGUAUUUUUGAGUAGUACUUACAACCGUAAUGAAAUAAAUGCUACAGGUUUGAGUCUAACACAGGCUCGGCGCAGUUAUGACGGAGCUCGAUGGCGUAUUUAUGCAGGUUGAUGCAGAACAAACACGUCAGACUCAGGCCCGGGCGUCAAAUUUGGUCCGUAAUAUAAUUAUAUUUGGCCCACAAGCUCAUAUCAAAUGUGUAUUAGAGCUGGCACUGCUAUUACUACUACUACUAAUACUACUACUAUGAUGAACUUGUAUCUAAAAAGAGAUGCCAAGUAUUUGUUUCUGUUUUGGACCCAUGUGUUUCAGAGUUAAUCACAGUCAAGCAAACUGAGGUUAGAUGAAUGUUUUGUCAUGAUUUUUGACUCUUCGUAGUUGAAAGAUUGGAUUUUCACUGAAGCAAGUUGUUAUUUUUGACUGGUUGUUGAAAAAAAAAAACAUUUAAAAGGAAUUCAAAAGCUACAGAUAUUCUAUAGAGACAUUAUUUAUUUAAGAUGUUGUUAUUAUUUUACAUUCUGCUUGUUCUGGAUUCAAUGUUUAAGCAAAACUAUUAUUAAACAUUUAUUUUAUUAAGAAAAGAUUUAACAUUAUGUAUCUCGAAAGAAGAGAAAACAUGCAGAUGACGUUGAAAUUUUUCAGUAAAUAUUUAGUUUGGCCCCACGACUUAGUCCCAGUUUGUAAUUUUGGCCUCUGUGAAUUUGAGUUUGACACUCCUGAUGUAAACAAAAACUUAUUUUGAAAACGAUGCUAUUUUGGAAAACGGAGGGGGGGAAAUAUGUUUUCAGUUUUCAGUUUUAGAGAAGAACUCUUAGCCUAAAUUUGCAGGAUUUGUGUGUGAAUGAAACAAAACACAACAACAGAGAUGAGAAAUUUGCUUAAUAUAAAUCCUUAAAGUUUAUACACGCUCUUUUGAUAACAUUUCACCACUAAAAAGUAAUAAUAUUUUGGUAAUUGCUACUCUAACAACCAAUUUUUAUCAUUCUUAAAACCAUAAAUAUAUUCUCGACUGUGAACACAACCUCUAAAAUUCCAGUUUUGACAAUAAAUAUGCCAAAUGUACAGUAUAUUUUGACACAAUUUUGGGAUCACGGGCGUAAAAAUCACUUUAGAUUUUUGCAAUCUCGUUCAAAUGUGCUGGAUCGUUCAUGUUCGCGGCUGUAAUUGUCGGUCUUGGUCGAAAUUCUCGUGUUGCCCAAAUGUGAAUGGACAGUAAAAGUGAACAGGCGUUGAGUAUUAGAACUGGAAAAUGCUUUCACUUGUGUUGUGCUAAUGCCGAGAUGAGGGCGUUUUCUGUUUUUCUGUUGCUGUCACAAAAACUCUGAUCUCUUUAAUGAUCUGUGCAAUGUUGUUGUUGUUGUUAUUGUUUGAUAAAUUAAGCACUGAGUCGCUCGUGUUCCUGUGGGGUUUAACGGGGUUUAUCUGCUUGUGCUUUUGUACUGUAUCCACAAACUAAAAGUGGAAUAAAAGGGAGUUGAAAAUA